AGAACGAAGUACACAAUAUCGCUGGCUUUUUGAGCAGUUGUGCCAAGCCAGCAUUAGGAAGAGUUGAGUUCAACCUGGGAAUCGAGCUAUGUUUUGAACCAUUGGAAGUAUUCAAAAAAACGGGAUGAAUAACGCGUUUUAAGGAGUUGUCUAGAGUAGAGAGACCUAACAAUGCAGAUAGACUGCUUUAUAUUACGUGGUUCGCUGGAGGAUUAGCUAGGUAGAUAGACAACGACUUUAUCAAGGUAGCCUAAGGUUAGCCAGUUAGCUGUAGCUAGCUACCUUGCCGAGACCACCCCGGAUCGGACUCAAAGAACUCGGGUACAGGCAGGGAAAGUUCAGUUGCAAGCUGGGUGUCACUACAACACGAUCUACAUGCUGGUGAAUCCAGAAAUAACUUUAUUACAUUGGCGAUGAGUGUGUUGAUUGCAGCCACCUAGCUAACCAAAUAAUGUUAGCUACCUGGCUAGCAUGUUAUCAGCGCUAGUUAACAUAGCUAACGUGGCUAGCUACUGAAGUAGCUGGUAUGUUUGUGACCAAACAAAUUUAACUUUGAGUUGUCACCUUGUUUGAAUUGGAAAUAUCACAUAAUUUGGAUCACUGUCGGACGGAAAUCUCGCUAUGAUAAGGUAUCUUACUACUUAGCCAGUCAGGUAACUUCUGAACAUGGAAAAACAUAGAAAGUAAUAUCGAGUUCGCGUUCGUUAGGACAUGAAGGCAAUGGACUUUGAAUUAGCUAUGUAUCUUAAGCUGUGUAUCUUUGAUGUGACAAGGUGACAAGCCAGCGAACGCUGCUACAGUAGCUGUUUAGUAGAUGCAGUAAGUAACGCAACUAAACUAGUUUCACAACAGCGACCUAGCUGUAGUUUCACGGCAGGAACUGGAACUAUUUAUGGAUCAGCGACACCUCUGACAGCCAUGGGGGGUUGCGUUGGAAGAGAGCGUGGGGGCCCGCAGCGGUCAUCCAGGAACGGUGGAAGGACCCGAAAACGCGGAGGGCGCAAUGAGCCCCUGAAGACGGACCGGCCCAAGUGGAAGAGCGACUACCCCAUGACGGAGGGCCAGCUGCGGAGCAAGCGCGAUGAAUUCUGGGACACCGCCCCGGCCUUCGACGGCCGCAAGGAGAUCUGGGACGCCCUGAAGGCAGCCGCAGUGGCCGCGGAGGGCAACGACCUGGAGCUGGCUCAGGCCAUCGUGGACGGAGCGAGCAUCACGCUACCGCAGGGCUCCCUGGCCGACUGCUACGACGAGCUGGGGAACCGGUACCAGCUGCCCGCGUACUGCCUGGCGCCGCCCGCCAACCUGGUGACGGAGCGGAGCGAGGACGAGGGCCCGGGGGACCGCCCCGAAACGCCCGCCCCCACCGGCGCCGGCGCCCCGCCCAAAAAGGAGUUCCCCCUGCGGGUGCGCCUCUCCUCCGGCCAGGACGUGUGUCUGAACGCCAGCAUGAGCGACUCGGUGGCCCAGCUGAAGAAGCAGCUGCACGCCCAGGAGGGCAUCGACUACGCCCGCCAGCGCUGGUUCUUCUCCGGCAAGCUGCUGCCCGACAAGACCCGUCUGCAGGACACCAAGAUCCAGAAGGACUUUGUGAUCCAGGUCAUCGUCUCGCCUCCCCCGCUGACCUAAAACGCACCCCUUCCUGCGUGACCCUGCGUGACCCUGCCCGCCUGUCCAGGUGUCCCCCUGGCCUUCUGGCCCGGGUGGUGAUGGGAAUGAGGCUCUUUAAACGCUUGGUUUUGCGCUGGCUUAGCGACUCGUCGGGCUGCGAGUCCUUGCGGACCUGUGUUUUUCGGGUGUUGCCGUGGCUACCGGGACCGCCCCACCCCCCGAGACAGACACGCCCCAGCUCUCAGGGACAAUGCUGUGAGCCUCCGUUAACAGUCCAGAGGCUCAUUCUGCGGGCACAAUGGCCGCUGAUGUUCGCACCCUUGUUUUCUUUCUUGGUUUUGGAUGGGGGCUUCCACUGAUUGGACAUUGCGGAUGUGCUGAACCUGUAGCGUCAGAACCGCUGUUGCCAUGGCACGCCCAUGCCAGGUGUAAGGCCAGGUAAAGGCCAGGUGUAAGACCAGGUAUCUGUCAGCUCCCCAUACACACCGAGCCGCAGUCCUACUGAUGGGAUCUUUUAUUUAAUUGUUUUCUAUUUUUAUUUUGAAUAACACCAAAUCUGUACUAUCUCUAGCUUUAGGUGUGCCUUUAGGGGAAAAAGUCAUGCUGUAAAGUUAGCGCUACUGAUGAGCAGUCCUACUAUAGCUGUUCUAACAGAAUAACCAGUGCGUUUAGUAGCUGCCUUGUUAUGAAUGUCUUCCGGUCUAAAGCAAAUGGUAGCAGUCAGUAUCCAGUCCCCUUCUGCUCCACUUUAGUUUUUCAGCCAGUUUUACACUGUCCAACAUGAGGCACUGGUACCAGAACCGACAAUGUGUGCCUCUCGGGUAAAACUGAGUCUGUUGAGUUGGCUCCACUCCACUACUUCAGGCGUUUCAAUGGAAUAAUCAGUUCAAAUAGCAUUUGUUUUGGAUUGGAAAUACUUUUCUGUGCUCUAUUGAUCUUGCCUGGUGCAUUUGAGCCUGCAAGGAGGAGCAGAUGGGUAGGUUACACUUUUGGGAUCGUUUCAUUUGUUCCAAUGCACCAGGCAAGCUUAGUCAAAUUCAGGUCUGACGUGAAAUGCCCUGAAACGACUCCAGUUUGCGUACGUCAUGUAGAGUGGUGUUGUUCCCGGGCGUAGCUCUGCGUGCCACACACAGACACGACGUUCUUGUGCGUUUAUCAACACCAUCAUGCCCCGUAACACAUGCCUUUAUCUGCCAGAACAGUGCAGAAGAUACAGAACGGAAACAAACUGUGUGGAGGAAAAAAAACACUGCGCACGUCGAGGACCUUUCUGCCAUUCAGACUGUGAAAGGGUUGACUAAUGACGAUGAGAGGAACGAAUCAUGGAUAAGCGUUUAAAUUGCACAUGUACGAACGCUUUUGUUUACUAGCUUGGUGUCGCCUAAACCUUUGUAUCAGGUUUUGUUUCUGGAAAAUUAAGUGUAUUAUCUUACAAUUUCCAAACAACAUAGUUACUUACUAGAAAGGAAAGCCAUUUUAAUUUUCUCCAAACACAAACCUGAAAAAUGAUUUCACAUUUCUCAGGGAAGGGCAGUAUGUAUUUGAAAAUAAACCCCAGGCAAUGUGUUCAGGUGGGUGGCCUUGCAUUUUAAUGAGAAUGACCUUUAAAAUUUAUACCUGCUGGUACAGUACAUGAGUGAAAACUCCAGUGUGGAGCUAUAUUAAGAGAAACCAGGGGUGUUGAAAGGACCAGUCCUGACUUCCUGUGUGCUAGGCCCGUCUACGGUUGGGCCCAGUCUGUGUUCCCCCGACUGCUCAACGUGGCAGUUGGUCAGAAGGUCACUCUUGUGGUGACCAUGACAACCACUGUAACUGUCAUCUGCUUGGCGCAAAACCAGUUAGCCAGGCUGGUGUCAUAUCUAAUAUAUUCAAUGUCAGUCUCAAAGUUGUCAAGACAAAAGUUACAAAUAAAAUGAGCAGUCUAUAUCCUGUGAUUUGAUUAAUGUAAUUCUACAUCUGUAUGAUUGGGAAAUCUUUGUGUGUUUCUUUUUUUUUUAUUAUUAUUAUUAUUAUCGUUUACUUCACCCAAAGAAUCUGACUCCACAGGAAGUACAGGAUUUUCUUUUUUUUGCGCAAAUGUAUUCUUGCAACUGUAGAGCUUUCAGUUGUUGAGUGAAUGUGUGUGUGUUUUAAAUAAUAUGUGUGCCACUUUAAAAAUAAUAUUUCUUGGUCACGCAAAGCUUUUGUAUGACAUUAGAUUCCACCUUGGGACCCGGCAUAGUGCAAUACUAAAGUAGCUUAGUGCGUACAGCGUAUUGACUGUCUACAUAUGGGAAAUUGGUCCUAAUGGACUAUGGUAAGAUGUUGUAAUGAGAGAUUAUAUUGGGAAGAAUAACAUGAUAUUGCCAACAUAGUGGUAUAUAAACACGGCGGUAUGUUUCUUUCUUAAAGGAGACCUUACAGACCGUAUUAUGCAGUAAUAAUGCUUAACAAAGUCUAAAUUUUAAAAUCCAGAAAUGAUUCAUUUCUGAUUACAGGUUUCAUAGGUGUGUAAUGUGUGUUCAAGGUUGCAAUGUAAACAGACAUGUACACACACACACACACACACACACGUACACGUACACGUACACACACACUGUGAAUCCAAACUACUUGAAUCCCCAACAGCAGGUAAAAAAAAAGUUGAUUCUCAAGUGGACUAAUCUUCUCUGAUUUCCUCCAUUUUUCUUCUGUAAUUUUGUUGCAGUGUACUGAUGCUUGUUUGGGGUUAGAGAAUGGAGUCUGCUGUAUGUGAUGUCUGUGCUGAAGUGCGCUCUGUCUGAGGGAAUGUGGGUCAGUGUGCUCACAGUGGAAGCAGGCUGGACCGCAUGCAUAAAGCCAUUCAACUCUCCUUUUUUAUUUUUAUUUUUUUACUUUUGCUUUUUUUGAGGGUAUUGCAGAGGGGAGGCUGUGACUCUUUAACCAACCUGAAAAACCAAGAACUAGCAUCUGUGUUGUGACCCUAUUGGUGGGGAGAUCUAAAUGGCGUAGGACUUAAUUCUGAGAAAAUAUGUCCAUUUAAAGCAAUGUGGUCAGACGUGUGCGUGUGCUUGUGUGUGUGCCUAUUUAGUAACUUCGAACUGUAUCAAAUUAUCUUAACCUAGGAUUUCUGAUAUUGUGUACAAUUUCUAUUACAAGUGGUAUAUAUACAUUUGUAUCUUGCUUAAUUGUUUUUUUUAAUUAAAAUAUAAAAACUAUAA